CCAUCGAGUACUCUGAGUCCCUCAGCUAGACUGAGCGGUGUUUUCCUUUAAAAACAACCCGACGUAAUGUGACGCAGAUGCUUCCGUCCAAAUCCCCGUGUGCCUUUCCUCUCCUCUCCUCUUCUCUCCUCCUCACGCUGUAUCCAUCCUUCUAUCCAGCGCACCUCCUGCAUCACCCCCCGGACCAGCCCCGCCCUCCUCCUCUCCUCCCCGGGCGUGUGAGCCAAGAUCAGCGCUCCAUCAGGCGGAGCUCUUGGUACCAAACCGCAAGGAAACCAUGAAAACCGACGACAUGGAAGCGUGAGCAGGACAACAUUGUGGAUCGGAAAGAAGGAGCUCAGCCUCCGCGUUCUUGGAGUUGAGCUGGAAAAAAGGAGGCCGGGAAUAAGGACAGGCGAACCUUCAGGUUGAGCGCGUGGUUGCCUGGCUCCAUGUCUGCUCCUGCUCCAGCCAGUCGGAGGUCUACAUCGGGCUCUCGCCGGUUUGACUACUGCAGGUUCAUAGAGCUAGAUUAUGUCCCCAUGGAGUCGGGCUAUAUGGUCUCAAUGCGCCCGAGCAAAGGCUACACAUCGACCAAGUCACCCACUAAAGGAUACACCUCUACAAAGUCUCCAGAUCGCCGCUCAACAAACUCUCCCUCCACCCCCCGUUCGCGGCGAGCUCCAUCUGCACCCAGUAACAGAGAUCCCCAUGGCAAUGCCUCCGUCAGCAGCGGCAGCAACUCAGGCUCGUGUAAAGGCAGCGACUGCAGCCCCACCAAAGGGCGUCAGAAAUACACCUCAUGCACAGACAACCAUGGUAUUCGCCCUCCUCCACCAGAGCAGUACCUCACACCUCUCCAGCAGAAGGAGGUGUGUAUCCGACACUUACGAGCCAAGCUCAAAGAGACCAUUAACACACUGCAAGACAGAGACACAGAGAUCGAUGAGCUGCGAACUCAGCUUUACCGGAUGCAGGAGGACUGGGUCGAGGAGGAGUGUCACCGUGUGGAGGCUCAGUUAGCCCUGAAGGAGGCUCGUCAAGAGAUCCAGCAGCUCAAACAGGCUGUGGACACAGUUCGUAGCCGGCUUAGCGAUGCCGGCGGACUCAGUGGAGAUGUAGGCGUCCAAAAGUACUUCCAGGACAUCAACACUCAGAAUCACAAACUGGAGAACCUUCUGCUUAGCAUGGAGUUAGCCCAAGCCGGACUGGCCAAGGAAGGAGAAGCCAUAAAAGGCUGCAGGACCCGUGCUGGGGGUUCAGCUCCAGCAUCUGUUUCUGGGGAAAGUCCCGGGGGUGUACCCAAGUUGACAGUGGGAGGGAGGGGGUCUUGCUCUUGCGAUGGCUCGCCAGCUCGUUCGUUGACUCGGAGCUCCACUUACACCAAGCUGAGCGACCAGGCACUGGGGGACCGAAACUGUAACGACACAGACUUUCCCUGCCUGUCAGGUGACGGCACACAGGACAGCGGGUUUGUGUGCUGUGGAGAGAACAGCGUCCCCAGCCGGGCUGACCUCCUGCUGGAAGCCGCGUACCUCUCUGAGGAGACGGCGUCAUUGCUCAACUCCUACACACAGGCCUUCUCUCACACUUUGCCUCAUCCUGCCCCCCAGUCUCUGCCUCACACCUUCUCCCACACCUUACCGCAUUCUUUCCCGCACAAUAUGUCGCACUCGAUGCCGCACUCAAUGCCUCACUCCUCCACCUAUGAGAAACUCUGCACAGGUGAGCGGCUGGCUCCGUUUCAUUGCGGUUUGGGUGGAGUGAGCUGCAUGAGCCACCCCUGCCUGUCCCACCACCACCUGUACCUGCAUCCCUUGAGGGAGGCAGGGAUUCAGACCGAAAGCUGCCCCAUCCCUGCAACGGCAGGAUAUCCCUCCGAUCUGGACACCAUUGCAGAGCAACGUACGUUUCGCUCACAGGCCUGCAGCCCCACUUCCACCUGGAUGUCUGACGAGGGGGAGGAGGACCUCGACUCCAUCACCACCACUACUUCAGUGACGACAGCAACAGUCAUGAGCACGGCCACCGAGCCAAUUCCAGUUUCCAAAACGCCACUGGUUCCACCUCUGCCACGCUCUGCUACUGUGGCAUUUUCCGUGGAGGGUCCUUGGUGUCAAGCAAAUGAUAAAAUUGAGGAAGAGGAAAAGCAAGAGAACGAGAAAAGAGAGAAGGAAGACACUGUAACAGAAGAAGAGUUGGAAAACACAGAGAUCAGACAAUCAGAAGAGGAACAGCAGACGGAUAAAAGCUUAGUGGAAGAGACUGAGGUAAACGAUGAGGGGGCAGAACAAAGGAAAGUCUGUGAUUUAGCAGGUAUAUCAACAAGAAUGCAAACUGAACUUGAUUUUGAAGGAGCCUGUGGAGAAGGCAAGCAAUAUGAAAUGUUGCUCAGGAACCAGAAUGUGGAGGACAAGCAGCAAGAGACUGGGAUAGCCGAAAGAUCAACAGAGGAAAAGACGCCAGAAGUUAGUCCAGGGUACACUGGACUACCUGUAGGUGUACAAACACCUCAAACGUCCCAACCUCCAAGGAGAACCAUCUCCCAUGAGGAGAUGGCUGGUGUCACGGUAGUGGAGGUCCCCGAUGAGGAUGAUGAUACGGAUAAAACUAGUGAACAAGGGGCCACAGGGGGCGCUGAGGCAGAGGACGAAGACUCAUCCGACGACGGGAAAAUCCAAAAAAGCUACUGGAGCCGUCACUUCCUGGUCGAUCUGCUCGCUGUUGCCAUCCCUGUGGUGCCAACGGUGGCGUGGCUGUGCCGGGGCCCGGUGCGCGACGGACAGCCCAUUUAUCACAUAGGUUCCCUGCUGAGAGGCUGCUGCACUGUGGCACUGCACUCCCUCCGUAGAGGGAGCGGCUUGAGGCAUUACCCCGCAGGCGGGGGAGACCUGGGAGGGUCACAGAUAUAACAGAAUGCCAUCGCUGCGGUCCUUCACUGUUGUGUCACGUCUCCAGUCUGAUCUGUAGUGUUAGACCAUUGCUUAAAGUGCAAGGAGAGGAAGAGAGAGAACUUUCUGUUCCUCCACUUUGGAUGGCCAUAACAACGGGAAUAAGAAUUGGGCAUCAAAGAGGAAGGCACCUGACCGACCAACACUACCCUGUUUGGCCCUGCAAUGUCUUGUUUCUCUUUGAAUAGUCCGUUCUGUCGCUACCAAAAUAUUCACGUACUGGCUUGUGCAAACUGAAUAAGCUGCUUGAAUCAAAUGAUCAGUGCUUUGAUGUUGAUUGUUUAGUUUCUUUUUGAAUGUAGAGAAAAUGUGAAUUUUUUUCUGUGUGUGUGUCAGCCAUCAAUGAUAACGGGAUACAAUCAUCACAUGUUGCGUUCAUAAAUACUUUAUAUGUAUUUGUAGGCGUGUAUAAGUAGGACUAAGUUAGGACAAGUAAGGCAAUGGUUGACCAAUGGUAGUGGAAAAAAUCCACUUUAAUCCAAAGCUGCAGAAGCGUUUCACCGAUCGUGUCAAGAUUUAAUUUGUCUGCUGUGGAGCAAAACAUUGUAGGCACAGAACUCAGGUAUCUGCCAGGGGUGGAAACACAACCAAUCAUGUAAGGCAGCCUUGCACAGCUCAACGCUAAAUGGAUUUCAGCCAAAAGCAGCUUAAUCUCACCGGCUUCCUCUCUUUAAACCGACAGUGGGCAAUUUUUGAAGGAGAUGAACCCUGACAGAUACAGUACCACUCUGAUUUGACAAACAUUAAAAUAUUACACUGGAAUACUAUUAUUCAUUAACAGGCUACAUGGGCCUUGCCUCUUGCUUGUUGACUGCUUUGUAAAAA